GUAGAUUUUUUGUUGUUUUCAUUUAAACAGAUACCCGUAAUAAAUGGCGUUGGUAGAUCAUGAUUCAUUUGAGAUUGAAUAUGAGGGCUGUGAACGAAUGCUGCACCAAGUGCGGACUCAGCUCCAUAAUCGCCAGCAAAUCCGCGAGCCCACCCUGCCAGCCUACAAGCAGCUCUCUCUCAGCAUACACUCGGGCCUGGAUCAAUUGCGCAAGGAUGUGGCGCACUUGCAAGUGGUGCAGGACAAUGCUAUCACGUGGGAGACGAGCACACCAGAUGAAUUGGAACGACGACGCAGGGUAUUAGCCAAGCUUUCCUCACAGUUGCAAGAAGCUGUCGAAAAGUUUAAAGGUACUUCCAAUGCAGCUGGCUCGUUUUGGGAUAAUGAAGGACCAUCCUCCAGCGCGGAUAUACCGACUGAUGUAAAGACGCUAAAACAGCGGCAGGCGGAAAUGAUGAAGCAACAGGAUAACAGCCUGGAAGUCUUGUCGGCUACCAUAUCGCGACAACGCGAGAUAGCCACACGACUUGGCAACGAGGUUGAGGAUCAGAAUACCAUUUUGGACAAUCUAGCCAAUUCAAUGGAUCGUGUGGACACACGCGUGCAGGUGGAGACGCGAUCCUUGUCUCAGGUGAAUCGAAGAGACGGCACUUGUGGCUAUUGGAUUGUAAUAAUCGCAUUGUUUUUGGCCAUACUCGUGGUAGUGUUAAUUUAAAUGAAACCCGGAGAGCGUUCGAGUGUUUUGUUAAAUACGUAAGCACUGUAUUCCAUAUAAAUAUAUGUGUGCAUUUUCCAAAGAUGUUUUUCUGGCCCAGAUCAAAUCAAAAUUAUACACAAUUACAUAUUUUUAAACGACCAAUAAAUAGUAUUAUGGUAUUGUA